CGUUCUAUCCAAUCAAAAUAGCCAAGAUGGACGCAUCAGAUUUCAAACCAAUCACGUCAGCUUUUACUGCAGUGGCUAACAGUUUGAAACAGUACUUUUAACAGUAAAUUAGGCAGGUUGACGGCUUUCGUUGUGUUGAGGAGCUGUUAACAGAGCAACAGGUCCCUUUAAAUCUCGUGUAGACUGUAACGGCAGUACAGUUGUAUCUUCCUAUCGCGGCCCACAUGCUGUAAGGAGGCAGAAAGAUGUCCUCAGAUGAAGGGGAGAGCAGUAGUCCCGUGUUACCAAGAGAUUCAGACAGAGGCAGCUCAGUUUCCUCUGAACUUCAGGAUGAAUAUGAAGAACUUCUUCGGAAUGCUGUUGUGACUCCCAAAUGUGUACCAAGCCAUCCAUCACAGCUUUUGAGCACAACUCAACUCUCCAGGAGUUCACAGCAUUCUACUAAAAUGGAUACAGCAGCUCAACCUCCUGCAGAUAAUGAAGCACACUCAAACACUGAAGUGACAUUGACCAGGGAAACUCCUUCCUUAGAGAAAUCCAGACCACCAAGUUGCAUAUCUGAGGGUGAGAGCAUAGCAGCCAGGUCUGUUGCAUCUGAGGAAAGAUCAGAGAGGGCACAGACCAGGUCAGACAGAUCAAGACAGAGCAGCCCUGAUGGUCUGAUCACUGUCAUGACUGAGAUGUUCAUCUCGGAGGAAAACCUGAAUAAGAUGGAGAACAUUUUGGACAUCUGGAGCACGAACAUAAAGAGUAAUGUGAUGAUGGAGCUGAGGAAGUGGAAACUGGCCUUUGUGGAGCAACACAGACUGGAGCUUAAGAAGGAGAGGGAGAAACAUGCUGCCCAAAUGGCAGCUGUAAAUGCUGAGAUGGACAGAUUCAAAGAUCUGCUCAACACCUAUGAGAUCUCUAACCAGAGGAAAGAUGAGGUGAUAAUGAAUCUGAGCAGGGCGGUUGACAGGCAGAGAGAGAAACUGGAGCUGAUGAGGAGUUUCACCCAGUGGAGGUUAAAGCACUGUGCUGCUAGAGAGGAGGCGCAGGGUAGCAGGAUGGCCGAGCAGCACUAUCAUUUGCAGCUGAAGAGGAAGGUGUGGGCAGGCUGGCACUCACUCAUUCAGAACAGGUGGCGAGAGCGUGUGGAGAGAGCAUGUUGUGCCAGGGCAGAGGACGUCUGCAUACAGCUCUCUGCAGACUAUGAGGCCAAGAUGGCACAGCAUGUAGAGGAGCUCCAGAGAGCUCAAUCUGAGAUCCAGAGGCUGCACAGAGAGCGAGAGCGUUAUGAGGACUCAAUGAAGAAAGCUUUCAUGCGUGGGGUCUGUGCGCUAAACAUCGAAGCCCUUAGCAUGUUUAACACUGCAGAAGCGGGUAGACUGGACCGUGAUGCUCCAUAUCCAGGGGAUGAGCCAAGCACCAGCUCAUUGGCCAAUCACCCACCAAGGACAGUCUCGUCUGCACGGCUCAGUCCAAUAGUCAUGGAGACUCCAAUACAGCUGGCCCCCUCCCACAGCUAUACAGAGGAUGCAGAGGAGCAGUUUGUCUCUCAGUCCGGCUCAAGCACAGUGCCAAGAAAAGAAACUGUUCUUUCAACCACAGUGGUGAACACUACCGUACCAACAGGGGGCAGUACAACCUCUAUGAGACACGUACUACCAGAUGUAAACACACAGAUAGUAACAGCUGGUAAGCAAAAAGCCUCUAAAACGGUUACUGCUCGUUUGACAGGACGGGCAGAGCCUCACCGAGUAGGACGGCCCCCUGGCACCCUGCAUGUUAUGGGUGUGGCCCCUCCUAUGAGUUCCGUCAUCGUUGAAAGACACCACCCUGUCACUCAGCUCACAGUUGGCCAGGCAACAGCAGCUAAAUUCCCUCACUCCGCUCUUCAGAGUCAGACUGUUUCAAGCAGCAAGAGCUCCUUCAGACAGCCCAGAGGCCCUUCCUCCUCCACCUUUGACAUACACUCCAUCAAAGUAGUGGACUAACACACAUAAUCGCUCAUUUGUCUGUCAGGCCUAGAGUCUGGAUACCUCUUUAUACAGUACACAUGGUAUAUGAUUUCUCAUGCACUAAUGUUUGGCUUUACAAGUCUGGAAAUGUCAAAGUAUCAUUAGUUUAAAUUAAAAAGGCUGUUUAUUCAGCUUUAAAUGAGGUUAAUACAUUUUUAGUACUACAUUUUUUUAUUUUUAUGAAACAUGUUGGAAAUGAAGGUAAGGUGUUUUGAUACUACAAUUGCCAAAUGUUUUUAUUUUAAUUGUAUUUUUUUUAUACAAUAGUAAUUUGUUUUAAUUGACAAAACAUUUAUUAUAGGGUGUAGUUUAUUUAUUAUUGUUGAUUGCAGUUGUCACCAUUCACUUGAUAAUGUAUUAAAUGCAGCUCGAACAUUAAUUUGUUUGACAUAACAUAGCCAUAAUCAUAAUCUGCAACAAUUUAUUCAUUGUUUCAGAUCAGUCAAGUACUGUUUUUGUUUAUAGUAUACUUUCAAUUCACAUGUAUUGAAAAUAAGUUUCUGGAUCUCAAAGUCUGUAAAAUAAAGCAUUGUUGUUGUUUUGUUUUGUUCA